AUGGGGCUGGUCGGGCUGUCCAGGAGCACGGCGGUUUCUCCCAGGAGGUGGCAUUUGAGCCAACGGCAGACUAGUGCCAAGAAAGGUACUUCCGGCAGAAGGCUCAGCAAAGGCCCUGAGGUAGACUGUUCCUGGGGGCUUUGGGGCACGGUGAAGGGAGCAGAGGAUGGGAUCCGAUUUGCUGGGCACUCGUGGGUUGCCAUCUCUGUCCUGCCCGCUUCUGCUGUCCUCUCUUCCUCGAGUGGGGACCAGGCCCGGUCGUUGGCCCUGGAGACCACACGUUUCUUGCCUCCUGCUGGAAUUUGGUUGAGGCCCCUUCCGGGCUGCCUGCCCGCUCUAGCUGGCUCCCAGGUGAAGAGGCUGUCAGCAUCCAAGCGGAAGCAACACUUCAUCAACCAGGCCGUGCGGAACUCAGACCUCGUGCCCAAGGCCAAGGGGCGGAAGAGCCUUCAGCGUCUAGAGAACACCCAGUACCUCCUAACGCUGCUGGAGACAGACGGGGGCACAGCUGGUCUGGACGAUGGGGACCUGGCCCCCCCCGCAGCACCCGGCAUCUUCGCAGAGGCCUGCAACAAUGAGACCUACAUGGAGGUCUGGAAUGACUUCAUGAACCGCUCUGAGGACCCAGCCUACACACCCCGUGAGUGCUUCCAGCGCAUCAGCCGGCGUCUGAGAACUGUCCUCAAGCGGAGCCGCAUCCCCAUGGAAACUCUGGAGACCUGGGAGGAGAGGCUGCUGAGGUUUUUCUCUGUGUCUCCCCAGGCCGUGUACACGGCCAUGCUGGACAACAGUUUCGAGAGACUCCUGCUUCACGCCAUCUGUCAGUACAUGGACCUCAUCUCAGCCAGACACAGUGCCCCAGGGAGAGUCCUCACUGCCUCUGGGUGCGCCGCCUCCUUGCUCCUCUGCUCCGCCUCCUGCCCGGAGUUGCUGAGGUGA